ACCAUAAUUAUUGACUGACAACAGACCAUAAUUUCAUUUUUAGGAAUUGAUGGUCCGCAUUAUUUCGGAACAAUUUUUUUGCAUAUCACGGAAAGUAUGUCGUGUCAAUACAUUCUUGCGAUUCUCGUAUCUGUCUCGCUGUUACAGAUAGCAGUUUUCUCGGAGAGCACGGAAAAACCAGGUGCGGAAAGCACGGAUUACCCAGGUGCGGAAAGCACGGAAAAACCAGGUGCGGAAAGCACGGAAACCCCAGGUGCGGAAAGCACGGAAAAACCAGGUGCUAUAGAGAAGACUGUCUCCGGUACCAUCAAUAUGCUCAACCAAACUAAUGCAAAGUUGCGUACAGGUUUCAAAUCAGUCGUUGACAUCGCCUUUAUGCCGUUGGAAAUAAUAGGAACUAAAGCAGAAGAGGGAAUUAUAGGUGGUACCCGAAUUAUUGGAAAAACUAUUGGAUUCGUGGCAAACAAAGUCAAAGGAGCUGCUAUAAUGUUCCAAACUAAGGAAGAGAAAUUUAUAAGCUGUGUGAAGAGUGAGCAGUUCGACCCAGUCAAGAAGAUAUUUUUGGAUAUUUCAUCCUGUGUUACUUCCAAGGCUGGCACUGUUAGUAACAUUGUGGAGAAGGGACUGGUCCAAGUGAAUACUACUUUUAGUAUAGUCAAAUCUCUCACUGCGCUGCCCACAUGUCAAGGUGCCAAGUGCUUGGCUGACUAUAGUUCCGGUAUUGUGGGCAAAAUUGGACAGAUAGGUCUUGGUAUGGCAUCAAUUGGACUAGAUGCCACAACAGGACUUGCAACGAUACCUAUUACUCUUCCUACAUGCUUAUUAACACAGCCUGCUUUGAGUCCUGUGAAAGUAUUUGGACUUCUUGGAAUCAACAUUGCGAAAUGUUUGGCAGCAUAAGAUCUACCUAUUUUCUUUGAUUGGAUUUCUUUUAAUUAUUUAAAACCUAGUUAUGUUUGUUACAAUUCCAUAGGUUUAAUCGGAAAUAAAUUUCAGGGAAAUAUUUGUCGAAGUUCCCCCACCAACAAAAAUUCGUUUAAAGCAUUUGAUAUUCCUGAUACAACAAGUUAAUAACCAAUUUAAUCAAACCAUAAAUGAGAGGCGUCG